AUGGCCCUCUCCAACGCCUCUGCCUCAAUCUCUCUGGACUCUGACACCUACGACCCAGAACAAGUAAAGCUCAUGGAAGAAGUCUGCAUCGUCAUCGACGAAAACGACAAACCCCUCGGCUCCGCCUCGAAAAAGACCUGUCACUUGAUGGAAAACAUCAACAACAACCUCCUCCACCGCGCAUUCUCGGUGUUUUUGUUCGAUGAGGAGAAUAGGCUGUUGUUGCAGCAGCGCGCGGAUGAGAAGAUCACGUUUCCGGGGAUGUGGACGAAUACGUGUUGUUCGCACCCUCUCUCUAUCCCCAGCGAGACUGGAUCGGAUCUCCCAUCGGCAGUAUUGGGCGUCAAACGCGCUGCGAUCAGGAAGUUGGACCAGGAGCUCGGUAUUCCUGCCUCCCAAGUCCCCAUCGACAAAUUCACCUACCUCACCCGCAUCCACUACGUCGCCCCCUCCGACGGCCUCUGGGGCGAACACGAAAUCGAUUACAUCCUCUUCAUCCGCGUACCCGUUACCCACGCCGCCAACCCCAACGAGAUCAAGGACGUGAAAUACGUCUCCAGAGAAGAGAUGCAGAGCAUGUUUGUGGACCCGGCGUACGAAGGGAAGUUCACGCCGUGGUUCAAGUUGAUUUGUGAGACGUUUUUGUUCAAGUGGUGGAAGGAGUUGGAGGAGAAGGAUGAUUUGGCGGCGGUUAAGGAUGAGGAGAAUAUUCAUAAGCUUGCAUAG